AUGGCCGCGAAGUCGGACGGGAGGCGGAAGAUGAAGAAGGGCGGCGAGGUUGCGUUCACGCCGCUGCAGAACUCCGAGCACUCGGGCUCCGUGCAGGCGCUGGCCCCGGGGCUGCCCGCCGGCGCCGGGCCGGGCGGCGGCAGCGACGACGAUGAGGCGCCCGGGGGCGGGUGCUGCAGCGGCGGCGGCGGCGGGGACGGCUCGGGCGGCGGCUCCCGGUGCUGCUGCUGCUGCUGCAGCGGCGGCAGAGGAGACGGCGGAGGGGGCGGUGGCGGGGGCUCCCGGGGCUCGGGCGGGGGCUCGUCCUCCUUGUGCCUGCGGCUGGGCAGGGAGCAGCGGCGCUACUCGCUGUGGGACUGCCUCUGGAUCCUGGCCGCCCUGGCCGUGUACUUCGCGGACGUGGGCACCGACAUCUGGCUGGCGGUCGACUACUACCUGCGGGGCCAGCGCUGGUGGUUCGGGCUCACCCUGUUCUUCGUGCUGCUGGGCUCCCUCUCCGUGCAGGUCUUCAGCUUCCGCUGGUUCGCGCACGACUUCAGCACCGAGGAGAGCGCCGCCGCCGCCGCCGGGCACUGCCCCGCCGCCGAGAGCAAGCUGCUGGUGAGCAGCGGCUCCGCGGCCGCGGACAUCGACGCCGCUCGCCCCAGCACGCCGCAGAGACAGGCGUCCACCGCCAGCAAGGGCAACGCCACCAACAGCAGCAGCAACGGCAGUAGCAACGCCGCCGGCAGCGGCGCCGCCGGUCCCCGCGCCGGCGGCGGCCGGUCCGCGUCCUGCGCCUUCUGCAUCUGGCUCCUGCAGUCGCUCGUCCACAUCCUGCAGCUGGGGCAGGUCUGGAGGUAUUUUCACACAAUGUACUUGGGUAUCCGGAGCCGACAGAGUGGAGAGAAUGACAGAUGGCGGUUUUAUUGGAAAAUGGUGUAUGAGUAUGCAGAUGUGAGUAUGCUGCAUUUGCUAGCCACCUUUCUGGAAAGUGCACCACAGCUGGUCCUGCAACUCUGUAUUGUUGUACAGACUCGUACACUCCAGGCUCUCCAAGGUCUUACGGCUGCAGCAUCUCUUGUGUCCCUGGCUUGGGCUUUGGCUUCCUACCAAAAGGCCCUCCGUGACUCCCGCGAUGACAAGAAACCCAUCAGUUAUAUGGCUGUUAUAAUCCAGUUUUGCUGGCAUUUCUUCACGAUUGCAGCAAGGGUCAUUACUUUUGCUCUGUUUGCCUCGGUUUUCCAGCUGUACUUUGGGAUCUUCAUCGUGCUGCACUGGUGCAUCAUGACCUUCUGGAUCGUUCACUGCGAGACAGAGUUUUGCAUCACUAAAUGGGAGGAGAUCGUUUUCGACAUGGUUGUUGGGAUAAUCUAUAUCUUCAGCUGGUUCAAUGUCAAGGAAGGAAGGACACGCUGUAGGCUUUUCAUUUACUAUUUUGUCAUCCUUUUAGAAAACACUGCCUUGAGCGUUCUCUGGUACCUUUACAAGGCCCCUCCGAUCUCUGAUGCAUUUGCCAUACCAGCACUGUGUGUAGUGUUCAGCAGCUUUUUAACAGGCAUUGUUUUUAUGCUAAUGUACUAUGCCUUCUUUCACCCCAAUGGACCAAGGUUUGGGCAGUCACCAAGCUGUGCUUGUGAGGACCCUGCCGCUGCCUUCACCCUCCCCCCAGAAGUGGCCACAAGCACACUGCGCUCCAUCUCCAACAACCGGAGCGUCACGAGCGAGCGGGAUCAAAAAUUUGCAGAGAGGGAUGGGUGUGUGCCUGUGUUUCAGGUGAGACCCACUGCACCCUCCACACCUUCCUCCCGGCCACCAAGGAUUGAGGAGUCUGUCAUUAAAAUCGAUCUGUUCAGGAACAGGUACCCAGCAUGGGAGAGACACGUGUUGGACAGGAGCCUGAGGAAGGCAAUCUUAGCGUUUGAAUGUUCCCCUGCUCCUCCACGGCUACAGUAUAAAGAUGAUGCCCUUAUUCAGGAGCGCUUGGAAUACGAAACCACAUUGUAAACAAAGCAAAAACACAACUUGGAGCAGCUCCAACGUUACAGUCCAAAUUAAGGGUUGACAGUAGGGCUGUAGGAACAACUAAACUGCAUAUUACAAGUAGAGCAGCGAUCUAUAGUGUUCUUAGUCUGGUCAUCAUCAUGAUUAUCAUUUGAUCCACUGUGUGCAGCCUGUCUGCAGGACACUGA